AUGGCGGUACAACUUCCACAGCUUCCUGAUGUCGAGAGGUUGAGCGACAGGGUAAUCCGGAUCCUGGGUGGAAAUCCGGGAAAGGUAUUCUUAGGCAUCUCCCAUACAAAUCCAGAAAACACCCGAGAAUGUGUUAUCUUGAUUUUUCUUCACGUCUUCAUUUAUGCCAUGAAGCGAGCUGUUCUUAGAGUAACCAUCCCACUGGCCCUUUCCCCAAGGACCAAUACAUACCUCAUCGGUCAAUGCCAUGAGCGUAUCCUCAUCGACACAGGGGAAGGUCGUCCAAGCUGGACCGAAAACCUCAAGGCUGCCCUGAAAAAUGAAAACGCCACCAUAAGAACCGUCCUCUUAACACACUGGCACCAUGAUCACGUUGGGGGUGUGCCCGACCUGCUCAAGAUCUGCCCUGACGCAAUGAUACACAAGAGCCAGCCUGAUGCAGAGGGCCAGUUAGAUAUCGAGGACGGGCAGAUAUUUCAAGUCGAGGGCGCAACGUUGCGAGCGUAUAGCACACCUGGCCAUACGAAAGAUCACAUGGUAUUCAGGCUCUGCGAGGAGGAUGCGUUGUUUACGGGGGACAACAUCCUCGGGCAUGGCACCUCCGUUUUCGAAGAUCUAGAGGUCUACCUCUCGACCCUCGAAAAGAUGAAGUACUAUUUCUCCGGCCGCGCCUACCCGGGCCAUGGAGCUGUGAUCGCGGAUGGAAACUUGAAGAUAACCGAGUACAUCAAGCACCGACAACAGCGGGAGGAUGAAGUGCUGCAAGUGUUGGCGUACGGUAGUUUAACGGCUGAGAGAGACGGGCCGUCAUCCCCGGUUAACGGGGAGGAACUUCGACGCUGGACGCCGAUGGAACUGGUGAAAGUCAUCUAUCGUGAGGUCCCGGUGACUUUACAUGUCCCGGCUUCGCAGGGGGUGUUUCAGAUUUUGAAGAAGUUGGAGAGGGAAGGAAAGGUUGUGACGGGAGAGAGUGACGGGGAAGACCGGUUUAUGAUCGUUCUGUGA